CCACGCACACGGAAGCAAAGGGCUGAGAAAGAAGUGGCAGUUUCUCUCUUCACUCAACAGGAUUCCCCGUUCAUUCCUGAGUGUUACAGUUAAGGGAGCUCCAGACAAGCUGGGAUGCAUCAAAGAGAGUCUCUCAACAUCCUGGUGGCUUCCUAGAAAAUGACCAUAGAGGACCUUCCAGAUACUCCAUUAGAAGGAUACCCAUUGAUUGGAAGAUACCCAUUUUUAUUUCCAGGUUCCGAAACACCAGUUGUCUUUUCCAUUUCCGCAGCACCAAUGCCUUCGGACUGUGAGUUCUCUUUCUUUGAUCCCAAUGAUACAUCCUGCCAGGAAAUUCUCUUCGAUCCCAAAACUUCUGUAUCGGAAUUGUUUGCCAUCUUGAGACAGUGGGUUCCUCAGGUCCAGCAGAACAUUGACAUCAUUGGGAAUGAGAUUCUUAAGAGGGGCUGCCAUGUGAAUGACAGAGAUGGAUUGACAGACAUGACCCUUUUACAUUAUACUUGUAAAUCCGGAGCGCAUGGUAUUGGUGAUGUUGACACAGCUGUAAAAUUUGCAACUCAACUUAUUGACCUGGGAGCAGACGUGAGCUUGCGGAGUCGCUGGACGAAUAUGAAUGCUUUGCACUACGCUGCUUAUUUUGAUGUCCCUGAGCUUAUAAGAGUGGUUUUGAAGACAUCUAAACCAAAAGAUGUGGAUGCCACUUGCAGUGACUUCAACUUUGGAACGGCUCUGCAUAUUGCCGCCUAUAACUUGUGUGCAGGUACUGUGAAAUGCUUACUGGAGCACGGAGCAAAUCCUGCAUUUAGGAACGACAAGGGCCAGAUCCCUGUGGAUGUGGUUCCAGACCCAGUGGAGAUGCCCUUGGAAAUGGCUGACGCCGCAGCUACCGCUAAAGAAAUCCGGCAGAUGCUUCUGGACGCGGCGCCCCUGUCCUGCGAGGUCGCAAAGCCGGCGCUGCCAAGCUACGAUCGCAUGACCAGCCGGGCGAUGCUCACCUCCCUCGGCCUGAAGCUGGGGGACCGUGUGGUUAUCGCUGGACAGAAGGUUGGCACAUUAAGAUUUUGUGGAACGACUGAAUUUGCAAAUGGGCAGUGGGCUGGCAUUGAGUUGGAUGAACCAGAAGGAAAAAAUAAUGGAAGUGUUGGGAAAGUCCAGUACUUUAAAUGUGCCCCCAAAUAUGGCAUAUUUGCACCUCUCUCAAAGAUCAGCAAAGCGAAAGAGGGCAGGAAGAAUAUAGUGCACACGUCUACAAAAGCUGCUCCUCUCAUCCGGUCCCAGAAGAUUGAUGUAGCUCAUGUAACAUCAAAAGUAAAUACUGGAUUAAUGGCAUCCAAAAAAGAUAGUGCUUCUGAAUCCACACUUUCAUUGCCUCCUGGUGGAGAAUUGAAAACUGUAGCAGAGAAAGAUGUUACCCCGCUGGGAUCCAUCAGCAGCUCCUCCUCUACGUCUUCUCUGGAGCACACACAGAGCCAAGCCAAGAAACCGAACGCAAGUAGUAGCAACAAGAAGACGAUGAGCAAAAGCCCCUCUGUUUCGUCUCGAGCCAGUGCUGGUUUGAGUUCCUCAGCAACCUCUAUAGCAAAUAAUCCCCGGGGAGAAGGGGAGCUCCACCUUGGAGACCGAGUGCUGGUGGUCGGCCAGAGGCUCGGCACUGUGAAGUUUUUUGGGACAACAAACUUUGCUCCAGGAUAUUGGUACGGUAUAGAGCUUGAAAAACCCCAUGGCAAGAACGAUGGUUCCGUUGGAGGUGUGCAAUAUUUUAGUUGUUCUCCAAGAUAUGGAAUAUUUGCUCCCCCAUCCAGGGUACAAAGAGUAACAGAUUCCCUGGACACACUCUCAGAAAUUUCUUCAAAUAAACAGAAUCAUUCUUAUCCUGGUUUUAGGAGAAGUUUCAGUACAACUUCUGCCUCUUCCCAAAAAGAGAUUAACAGAAGAAAUGCUUUUGCCAAGUCCAAGACCGCGCUGCGCCGCAGCUGGAGCGGCAGCCCCGCGGCGGGCGCCGAAGGGGGCGUCAAGCUGCACGAGGGCUCCCAGGUCCUCCUCACCAGCUCCAAUGAGAUGGGGACCGUUAGGUACGUGGGCCCCACCGACUUUGCCUCAGGGAUCUGGCUUGGACUCGAGCUUCGCAGUGCCAAGGGGAAGAACGACGGGGCGGUGGGCGACAAGCGCUACUUCACCUGCAAGCCCCGCCACGGCGUGCUCGUCCGGCCCAGCCGGGUCACCUACCGGGGCAUUAACGGGUCCAAGCUCGUGGACGAGAGCGGCUGAGCUAACGAUCUGGAAGAUUGCAAGGCUCUUGUGCAUGUUUAGGCGAGGGCGCCCAUGCAAACGGGUUCCUCUAUUUAGACACACUGAACUUUCUCGAAUGUGUAGACAGCUUCCUAAAACCAGUCAUGACAGUUCAGAGACACUUUUGAAAAGCAAGAAGUAUGAACGCUGGGAAUCACGGUUCUCUUCAAACAACGUCAAAAUAAGCAUUCGUACAAGCUUGUAAAGCUUUAGACCCAAGAAAAUUCUUAGAAAAAAAAUAUGUGCCAUUCGUUUGAUGCACGGAUGCCGCUGGCUUGAUUUCAUUCUUGCCAGCAUCCCUGGAUUUCACAUGUGCUAGUGUGGAGGCUUCCAUUAGCUUUGGGUCAUGGCCUUUUACAGCCAAGUAUUUUUGGAGUUUUCUUUCUUUCUGCAAGUAUAAUAGAGAUUGAGUAAGUACAAAAAAGACUAAAAGUAGCUAGAUGACUGGUGUAUUUUAUGUAUUUUUCAGAAAAGUGUUUGUCCUUUAAGGACGAUCUCAUUUAAAGCUAUUAGAACUUUGGCGUUGAAGGAGGCAAGAGAUGCCUCUGGCCCAGCCUCUGGCCCAUGCCACAUGCAGAAACUAGAGCCUAAAGCCUCUUCCUAGCUCAGUGACUAAUUAGUCCGUUAACAGAGCUAAGAAUAGAAAGUGGGACACCAGACCUGUGGCUUAUGUUGUUGCCUCUGUACAGAAUGCCUAAUCCCAGAUUCUUCUUCUGUGCUGGUGGCUGCUUCAUUUGGAGGAACUUCAAAAACCAUUAGGUGUAUGUGUUUGACUAGAAUUCUAUGCACAUACUUAUUUAGUUCCCUUGUUGUACUUAUCUGUAACAUACACACUUGCAGGAAGCACUUUGAAAACAUGAUGCACUUUCAUAUUUGUGGAUAAUUUGCCAUCAUUUCCUCCUGGGAUAUGAAAAAUAUUAAAGAAAUUAUAUUUAAAAGAAGAGAGCAAAUUAAGAUGUACUAGGAAUAAUGUAGUUUCUCAUUUUAAAUGUGGAUGAUUUCUUGACUUUUUUGUUUUAUUAUUCAUAAAACUGGUGUUAUGUUUGCUCUCACUGCUGCUUUUAUAUCUCCAAUUGUUGCAGGGUUCAGCCUGUUAUAAAGCUGUAGCACUAAAUCAUGAUUUUAUUUUCCUUUUUGAGCACGUUAACUAAGCUUUAUAAUGGGGUGAUAUAAUAAUGCAGAAUGUUUGUGUUGUAGAUACACAUUGAAAGCUGUGUCCUAUAAGUGUAAAGAUUGAUCAUAUAUUGUAAAUAAUUAAACUACCACAGAAAAAAGCAGAACAAUUUGCUUUAUAAAAAUAUCCUUCAGGAUGGAGCUCACUUUGUGCUUAGAAUAUGUUGAGCUAUUUUGCAAUAUACUAUUUAAAAUCUAAAUUUUGUUGCUUUGCUGCCUUUUUUUUUUUUAAAAGUAGGGUAUAUCAAAUGUUGCCAGAGAUAUUUUCCUGAAAUGCAUUUGCAAGAUAAGGUUGCUUUAUUAUCAAGGAAUAUUUUUAUUGAUUGAAGAAAAUGACUGUACUGCCAUCCCAAAGUAAACUUAUUUUAUUAUACAGCUUGUUUCUUAACAACUCUAUUUAUACUUUAAUAUGAAAUCCACAACUACUUUGAACUGGGUUGUCCAUAUGCCUUUCUGUAAAAUAUAAAACAGUAAUGCCAGUGCUGACUUUUGAGAUCAAAGAGUCAAAGCUUCUCACAUUGCAUUAGGAGUGUUAAAUCCUAAAUGUGUAAUGUUUACAUACACAUACACAGUGGGUGUUUUCAUUGGUCCUUUGUUUAAGUGUCAUUCACAUUCAUUCACCCCUUGAGCAUUAAUAAAGCAGAAAGCUGGUUUG